UUCGAGAUCAGAUAAAUAAGAACGUUAGCUACAUGCGCGCAUCUAUUUAAAUCUCCCCCCUCUCCCAAGCUCCUCAUAACUAGCCGUUGCUCCUCUCUCUCUCUCUCUCCAAAAAUGGCAGCUGCAGUGGAAUCGCCCACUCCCGAUAACCUCAACAAGGAAUCAAAGAGUCCCAGCUUCAGCCCUGCAUCAGAUCGGCAUUUCUGGAGCGCUCUGCAGAGCCGAGUCGACUCUCUUCUCGAGAAUCGCAAGCCUUUUGAUCCGUCUUUCCCUGCCCAACUGAAUUCUGGAGAAUCUGACGGCGCAAAGCGGAUCAGGGAGGACUCUUUGCUUUUGCUCAAAGGGUUUGAUUCUGUUGCCUACUCUUUGUCUCAGCUUUCUAAGAACCUGGACAAUGCUCUCCAGGGAGCAAGAGAUCUUGCAAGGCCACCCACAAUGACUGAAAUAUAUCAGUGUGCAAUGGAGACAGCCAAGAGCAUAGAGGAAGAAGAACCUGAAGAAAACAAAGAAGAACAGAGAGGACUGAAGAGGAAGGUGGAGGUUCAAGAGUGUUCUGAAUCUGAUGAACAAGGACAUAACUCAGAGAAGCAGAAUCAGAGAAACCGAAACGAGGAAGAGGGGAAGCUCAAGAAGGCCAAAAAUGUCGCCAUUUCCAUGGCGACAAAAGCGGCUUCACUUGCAAGAGAACUGAAAGCAUUCAAAUCCGAUUUGAGUUUUAUGCAAGACAGGUGCGCUCUUCUUGAGGAGGAGAAUAGGAGGCUCCGCCAUGGAUUCUCCAGCGGAAUUCAACCCGAGGAAGAUGAUCUGGUGAGGCUUCAGUUGGAGGCGCUGCUUGCUGAGAAAUCAAGAUUGGCAACUGAGAAUGCAAACUUAACAAGGGAGAAUCAAUGCCUCCGCCAGCUCGUUGAGUACCACCAGAUUACUUCCGAAGAAUUCUCUGCAUCUUAUGAUGAUGUGAUAAGAGAAUUGAGCUACGAGUUUUCGCCACCGCCGCUACUACCAGAAGAAGAGGAUAAUGCAAAUGCUGGUGGCAAAAAAGAUAAGCAAACACCACCAGGGGGUUUGUGCUUUGACGAAGAACGCAGCGGUACUUAGAAGGUUUCUGCUGAACUUGGGUCUUUGUCCAAUUGUAAAUUUGAAAUCGUCGACUUGAUCUUCAGGUGAAAAUUUUUGGUGCCCUCGAUAUGAUCCUCAUUUAAUAAAUGAAUUGUUCUUUUAUAAGA